CAGGAAACCUUUAACGAGUGUCUGGGAACUGCUGUGAGCAGGGUGCCCGAGUGGUGCCUGGCAGGAACUCUCCCACACGUGUCCCUUCUCCUCCUCCUGCUGCUGCAGUUUGUUGGAUUUGGUGAUGGAGAUUUACAGAUUUAGGAACUACCUGGGUGGGUGGACUUUGGCCCUAAAUCUUCAAAUUAAACAAAAAAAAAUUUAAUCGUGGAAAUUCAGGCUCUCUCCCCUCCUUUUUGUUCCAAGAUGAACUUUGUAUUUCAGACUCAUUUUGACUUAAAUUGGACAUUUUUUAAAUCCUGGGAGGAUGAGGAUCCCAAUCCUGUCCUUCUCAGGGAGGCUGCUGUUGUUCAUCCCUGGGGAACUCCUUGUUGCAGGAGGAUUUGGGGGCCAAAUAUCCCAAUGGGAUCAGCUUUGAGCUGCUUUCUGCCCCAAACACAGUCUGGGUUCACCUUUAGGCUCUGCCCCAUGGGGGUCCCACAUGACUUUGUGCUCCCCCAAGGUUCUGACCUUGAUCUCGGCCCCCACCUGAGCCAAGGGUGUCCUCAUUUUCUGCAGGUAAACCCCCGGAUCCAAGGCCAUGCCGGAGUGCAGUGAGGAGUUCUGUGCACUUCCCCCACGAGCUGCAACCUCAGUGUGGCCAUGGAGAGCUCAGAGCUGGAGUCGGACAUCCUGCGGCGAGUGCGGGCGCUGCUGCGGGAGCUGGACGGGCACCACCCCUCCUGCCAGAGCGACCGAGGAAUGCUGCGAUGGACCCUGCACAAGAAAAUCGAACAGAACCCCAGCACCAGCUGUGUCCUGGUCAGGAUCCUGGUGAAGGAGUUGGAAAGGGCAGAGCGAGGGGACCUGCGGCACUACAUCAUCCCCCUGCUGCACACGCUGAUGUACACCUUGAUCCAGGCUCCCUGCAUCCCUGAUGAGCUCUGUGCCAGGGUUUAUGACUUCUGCAAGAGGUUGCUGACCCUGCCCAAGCCCUUCUGCACCAUCGGGCUGGACUAUGCCAGCAGGCUGCAGGUGGAGAGGACAGCCCCAGGAACCUUGUAUCAAAGAAUGGUCAUUUCCGAGCAGAGCCUGUGGAGCGCCCCAUUCCCUUACCAGGAGAAGAUUUUCAUCUUUGCUGACCCAGAGCUGCUGCCUGAAGCCAUCUGCAACGCGCUGGUCACCGACACUGAGGCAGCCCAAGUGUCCCAAAGCCCCCAGGGCUGCAUGAGCUUCGUGGUCACCCACGCCCUGCAGGCGGCCCUGGGUGACACCUGCGACAUCCACGGCCUCAGGGCCCGACUCCAGGCCUUGGCCCCAGGGGACGUGGAGCACUGGUUCCAGCAGGUGGUGGCGGCUGUGGAGGGCGCAGCCAGUGAGGGGGGCUCCGACCGGGGCCAGCACAUGGCGCAGCUGGAGAGGAUCUACCAUGGCCUCCUGGGCUCCUUGCCUGCAGGGAAUGCUCCCCAGGAAGGGCUGCAGGGGACUCCUCUGCCCAACCCCAAUAUCAGCUUCCACCUGUGGACAGAAGAUGAGCAGCUCUGGAAGGAGCUGGUGCUGUUCCUCCGUCCGCUGUCGCAGAGCUGUGAGCCCGACUGCCUGGGCCAGGAGCUGGAUCCCACGGACAUGCAGGACAUCCUUGCGGGCUGUGGCUGCUGCGAGCAGAGCCGCUUCUCGGUGCUGUCCACCGACAGCGGCAUCGAGCGGGACCUGCCCGCGCAGGACGAGCCCAGCGCGGCGGACACGGAGCCCUCCCGGCUCCACAGGAAGGGCGGCAUCAAGAAAAAGCUGUCCCCGCUGGACAGCGUGUCCUUGCUGCAGGCUGGCAGCGCUGUCCCUGCAGGGAAGCCCCCCGGGAAGCAGCCCAGGAGGUCAGGAACGGCCCCGCAGCCCUUGGCCCCGCUCCAGAGGCGGCACACCGCCCGUGUGAUGCUGCUGGGAGACGAUCGCAUCCUGGGCCGCCUGGCACAGGCCUUCCACUCCCUCAGGAAACGGGAAGCCCGGCGAGUGUUCCUGACUCGCAGGCUGAACCUGCAGUUCUACCACAUCCCUGUGCUGCCAGGACACUCCUCGGCUGCUGCGGAUGCUGCUGGCCCUGAGGGGCUGUGUGAAGUGGCCGGGUACCUGGGCAGGGCUGACCCCUGGUACGAGAGCAACAUCAACACUCUGUGCCACAUGAUCCCCAAGCUGGCCAGCAUGCCAUCAUCGCCGAGCAGGGCCCUGGUGACCGACCUGUUCCUCACCGAUGUCAUCGCCUACUACGCACGCAUGGGCACCCAGCCCGUCUGCUUCCAGGUUCACUCUGUCAAGGUGCUGUUCCGGGACCCAGCGCAGGACCCAGCUGAGGACGUGUUCCUCACAGAGCUGCUGACCCAGGUGCAGGACAGCCCCUCACACAGAGACCUGAACACAACCAAGAGGAAAAGCAGCCUGGACGGCCCUGGAAUCGAUCUCACCGUGACCUACAGGAAGGUUGUGCUGAGUGACCGGCACAAGGAGCUGGCCCUGGCCCUGCGCUCCACGGGCCUGCUGAUGAAAGCCAUCCCUGCUGAGGAGGCUGAAGGCCUGGGCUGUUUGAGUGUGACCAUCACUGAAAUCAUCAGGAUCAACAACCUGGCAGGACGGUCCUUCUCAGCUGUGGCAAAUAGGUUCAAAGCACAGACUAUCAAGAUCGGGAGUCCAGAGCAGAGACCCUUCACGGUGCGGCUGGACAAGGACAGCAGGAGAACCUACAGGGACGUGAUCGGCCUGGAGGUGUCUCCCUGCCUCGAGCCCAGCUACUGCCUGCAGAAGACAAAGACCACGAAAUUCAACCUUCACAAAACAGAAGACAUGGGACUUGUGAAAUACCUGCCCAAGUCUCUGCUGCUGCCCAUCAACACUUUUGCAGGAGUCAUCCAGUGAAGGAAACAAAAAGGUGGGGUCAGCACAGGGGACAUGGAAAGAGAACACACACUAGAAGCUACCAGUGGUGACUUUAAACAGCAAUGGUGUAAAGAGCUGCUCCAGCAGAGGUGGACAGGCUCAGAGGGCAAAGCCAUGCCCUGCUGGAAACAGUGUGACCAUGCCCUGCCAAGGGCACAGCCAAGCUGCAGGACUGAGCUUUCACCUUUUGCACAAGUCAAGCAAAAGCUUUGAGCUCCUCCAUUCAGGAAGAGUGAGGAAGACCCAUGGGAGGUGGUGCUGGCUGUCCUGUGGAGCCCAGGCCAGCUGGCAGCAGCAGUAUUUAUUUUGAAGAUGACUGACAGCCCAGCAGGGAUCAGGUUUUCACCUCACAGCCCAAACAUUGUUGGUGCUCCCCUAUGCCAGAUUUGGGCAGCAAACAUCCUGUCCCUGAAGGAAGCUGAAGGGAGGCAGAAGGCUCACAGGCACAUCUGGAAACCCCUGCACAAGCAGCUGUUGUUGUUGGGAUAAUGUGGGGUUUAAGGGGUGACCAGUGGCUCUAUGCCCCUCUGAUUCUUUGGGGCUUCACUGUGGGGUUUGUACACACAAAGAAAAUGCUCAAAAAGCCAAAAGGCUUUGAACUGGGCUGGAGUGUGGGCUGUGUGUCCAGAGUUUGUUCUGUACAGCUGUAAAUUAUGUAGAUGGAUGAUAAAUUAUUUGUAUAGGUGUCGUGGAUCGCUUGUACCAGAAGAAAUGCCAAUUUAAAGAAAUUAAGACAAACCCGAGCUGAAA